AUGAGUCCAGCUCUGUCCCAGCUGGAGAAUCUAGCUCUCACCCAUUGUGGAGUCCAGCCCCAGCCUGCCAAUGAGUCCAGCUCUAUCCCAGCUGGAGAAUCUAGCUCUCACCCAGUUGUGGAGUCCAGCCCCCAGCCUGCCAAUGAGUCCAGCUCUAUCCCAGCUGGAGAAUCUAGCCCUCUGCCUGCUGAGACCAGCCUCCAGACUGCCAAUGAGUCCAGCACUAUCCCAGUUUUAGUAUCUAGUUCUCGGACUGCUGUGGAAUCCAGCUCCAUCCCAGCUGGAGAAUCUAGCCCUCUGCCUGCUGAGGAGACCAGCCCCAGCCUGCCAAUGAUUGUGGAGUCCAGCCCCCAGCCUGCCAAUGAGUCCAGCUCUAUCCCAGCUGGAGAAUCUAGCUCUCACCCAGUUGUGGAGUCCAGCCCCCAGCCUGCCAAUGAGUCCAGCUCUAUCCCAGCUGGAGAAUCUAGCCCUCUGCCUGCUGAGACCAGCCUCCAGACUGCCAAUGAGUCCAGCACUAUCCCAGUUUUAGUAUCUAGUUCUCGGACUGCUGUGGAAUCCAGCUCCAUCCCAGCUGGAGAAUCUAGCCCUCUGCCUGCUGAGGAGACCAGCCCCCAGACUGCCAAUGAGUCCAGCACUAUCCAAGUUGGAGAAUCUAGCUCUCAGACUGCUGUGGAAUUCGGCUCUAUCCCAGCUGGAGAAUCUAGCUCUCACCCAGUUGUGGAGUCCAGCCCCCAGCCUGCCAAAGAGUCCAGCUCUAUCCCAGCUGGAGAAUCUAGCUCUCACCCAGUUGUGGAGUCCAGCCCCCAGCCUGCCAAUGAGUCCAGCUCUAUCCCAGCUGGAGAAUCUAGCUCUCACCCAGUUGUGGAGUCCAGCCCCCAGCCUGCCAAUGAGUCCAGCUCUAUCCCAGCUGGAGAAUCUAGCUCUCACCCAGUUGUGGAGUCCAGCCCCCAGCCUGCCAAUGAGUCCAGCUCUAUCCCACCUGGAGAAUCUAGCCCUCUGCCUGCUGAGGAGACCAGCCUCCAGCCUGCCAAUGAGUCCAGCUCUAUCCCAGCUGGAGAAUCUAGCUCUCACCCAGUUGUGGAGUCCAGCCCCCAGCCUGCCAAUGACUCCAUCCCAGCUGGAGAAUCUAGCCCUCUGCCUGCUGAGGAGACCAGCCCCCAGACUGCCAAUGAGUCCAGCACUAUCCCAGUUGGAGAAUCUAGCUCUCACCCAGUUGUGGAGUCCAGCCCCCAGCCUGCCAAAGAGUCCAGCUCUAUCCCAGCUGGAGAAUCUAGCUCUCACCCAGUUGUGGAGUCCAGCCCCCAGCCUGCCAAUGAGUCCAGCUCUAUCCCAGCUGGAGAAUCUAGCUCUCACCCACCUCAGACUGCCAAUGAGUCCAGCUCUAUCCCAGCUGGAGAAUCUAGCCCUCUGCCUGCUGAGGAGACCAGCCUCCAGACUGCCAAUGAGUCCAGCUCUAUCCCAGCUGGAGAAUCUAGCUCUCAGACUGCUGAGGGAUCUAAUGCCAACCCAGCUGGAGAAUCUAGCUCUCAGACUGCUGAGGGAUCUAAUGCCAUCCCAGCUGGAGAAUCUAGCUCUCAGACUGCUGUGGAAUUCAGCUCUAUCCCAGCUGGAGAACCUAGCUCUCAGACUGCUGAGGGAUCUAAUGCCAUCCCAGCUGGAGAAUCUAGCUCUCAGACUGCUGAGGGAUCUAAUGCCAUCCCAGCUGGAGAAUCUAGCUCUCAGACUGCUGUGGAAUCCAGCUCUAACCCAGCUGGAGAAUCUAGCUCUCACCCAGUUGUGGAGUCCAGCCCCCAGCCUGCCAAAGAGUCCAGCUCUAUCCCAGCUGGAGAAUCUAGCUCUCACCCAGUUGUGGAGUCCAGCCCCCAGACUGCCAAUGAGUCCAGCUCUAUCCCACCUGGAGAAUCUAGUCCUCUGCCUGCUGAGGAGACCAGACCCCAGACUGCCAAUGAGUCCAGCUCUAUCCCAGCUGGAGAAUCUAGCCCUCUGCCUGCUGAGGAGACCAGCCCCCAGACUGCCAAGGAGUCUGUUCCUCUCCCAGCUGCAGGUUCCAGCUCCCACCUUGCUGAGAAGUCAUGUGCUCAACCCACCAAGGAGCCCAGUCCCCACUCAGUUGCCGAGUCUGGGGCUCUGCCUGUUGGGAAGUCUAGCCCUCUGCCUGCUGAGGAGACCAGACCCCAGACUGCCAAUGAGUCCAGCUCUAUCCCAGCUGGAGAAUCUAGCUCUCAGACUGCUGAGGAAUCUAAUGCCAUCCCAGCUGGAGAAUCUAGCUCUCAGACUGCUGUGGAAUCCAGCUCUAACCCAGCUGGAGAAUCUAGCUCUCACCCAGUUGUGGAGUCCAGCCCCCAGACUGCCAAUGAGUCCAGCACUAUCCCAGUUGGAGAAUCUGUCUCUCAGACUGCUGAGGAAUCUAAUGCCAUCCCAGCUGGAGAAUCUAGCUCUCAGACUGCUGUGGAAUCCAGCUCUAACCCAGCUGGAGAAUCUAGCUCUCACCCAGUUGUGGAGUCCAGCCCCCAGACUGCCAAUGAGUCCAGCACUAUCCCAGUUGGAGAAUCUAGUUCUCGGACUGCUGUGGAAUCCAGCUCAAUCCCAGCUGGAGAAUCUAGCCCUCUGCCUGCUGAGGAGUCCAGCCCCCAGCCUGCCAAUGAGUCCAGCUCUAUCCCACCUGGAGAAUCUAGCCCUCUGCCUGCUGAGGAGACCAGACCCCAGACUGCCAAUGAGUCCAGCUCUAUCCCAGCUGGAGAAUCUAGCUCUCAGACUGCUGAGGAAUCUAAUGCCAUCCCAGCUGGAGAAUCUAGCUCUCAGACUGCUGAGGAAUCUAAUGCCAUCCCAGCUGGAGAAUCUAGCUCUCAGACUGCUGUGAAUCCAGCUCUAACCCAGCUGGAGAAUCUAGCUCUCACCCAGUUCUCUCAGACUGCAGUGGAAUCCAGCUCUAUCCCAGCUGGAGAAUCUAGCCCUCUGCCUGCUGAGACCAGCCCCCAGACUGCCAAUGAGUCCAGCACUAUCCCAGUUGGAGAAUCUGUCUCUCAGACUGCUGAGGAAUCUAAUGCCAUCCCAGCUGGAGAAUCUAGCUCUCAGACUGCUGUGGAAUCCAGCUCUAACCCAGCUGGAGAAUCUAGCUCUCACCCAGUUGUGGAGUCCAGCCCCCAGACUGCCAAUCAGUCCAGCACUAUCCCAGUUGGAGAAUCUAGUUCUCGGACUGCUGUGGAAUCCAGCUCAAUCCCAGCUGGAGAAUCUAGCCCUCUGCCUGCUGAGGAGUCCAGCCCCCAGCCUGCCAAUGAGUCCAGUACUAUCCCAGCUGGCGAAUCUAGCUCUCAGACUGCUGAGGAAUCUAAUGCCAUCCCAGCUGGAGAAUCUAGCUCUCAGACUGCUGAGGAAUCUAAUGCCAUCCCAGCUGGAGAAUCUAGCUCUCAGACUGCUGUGGAAUCCAGCUCUAACCCAGCUGGAGAAUCUAGCUCUCACCCAGUUGUGGAGUCCAGCCCCCAGACUGCCAAUGAGUCCAGCACUAUCCCAGCUGGAGAAUCUAGUUCUCAGACUGCUGAGGAAUCCAGCUCUGUCCCAGCUGGAGAAUCUAGCUCUCAGACUGCUGAGACCAGCCCCAGACUGCCAAUGAGUCCAGUACUAUCCCAGCUUGGAGAAUCUAGCUCUCAGACUGCAGUGGAAUCCAGCUCUAUCCCAGCUGGAGAAUCUAGCUCUCAGACUGCUGAGACCAGCCCCAGACUGCCAAUGAGUCCACUCAUCCCAGCUGGAGAAUCUAGCUCUCAGACUGCUGUGGAAUCCAGCUCUAUCCCAGCUGGAGAAUCUAGCUCUCAGACUGCUGAGACCAGCCCCAGACUGCCAAUGAGUCCAGUAAUAUCCCAGUUGGAGAAUCUAGCUCUCAGACUGCAGUGGAAUCCAGCUCUAUCCCAGCUGGAGAAUCUAGCUCUCAGACUGCUGAGACCAGCCCCCAGACUGCCAAUGAGUCCAGUAAUAUCCCAGUUGGAGAAUCUAGCCCUCUGCCUGCUGAGGAGACCAGCCCCAGACUGCCAAAGAGUCCAGCACUAUCCCACUCUAUCCCAGCUGGAGAAUCUAGCUCAGACUGCUGAGGAAUCCAAUGCCAUCCCAGCUGGAGAAUCUAGCUCUCAGACUGCUGAGGAAUCUAAUGCCAUCCCAGCUGGAGAAUCUAGCUCUCAGACUGCUGAGGAAUCUAAUGCCAUCCCAGCUGGAGAAUCUAGCUCUCACCCAGUUGUGGAGUCCAGCCCCAGCCUGCCAAUGAGUCCAGCUCUCCCAGCUGGAGAAUCUAAUUCUCAGACUGCUGUGGAAUCCAGCUCUAUCCCAGCUGGAGAAUCUAGCCCUCUGCCUGCUGAGGAGACCAGCCCCCAGACUGCCAAUGAGUCCAGUACUAUCCCAGUUGGAGAAUCUAGCUCUCAGACUGCAGUGGAAUCCAGCUCUAUCCCAGCUGGAGAAUCUAGCUCUCAGACUGCUGAGACCAGCCCCCAGACUGCCAAUGAGUCCAGUAAUAUCCCAGUUGGAGAAUCUAGCUCUCAGACUGCUGUGGAAUCCAGCUCUAUCCCAGCUGGAGAAUCUAGCCCUCUGCCUGCUGAGACCAGCCCCCAGACUGCCAAUGAGUCCAGUACUAUCCCAGUUGGAGAAUCUAGCUCUCAGACUGCAGUGGAAUCCAGCUCUAUCCCAGCUGGAGAAUCUAGCUCUCAGACUGCUGAGACCAGCCCCCAGACUGCCAAUGAGUCCAGUAAUAUCCCAGUUGGAGAAUCUAGCUCUCAGACUGCUGUGGAAUCCAGCUCUAUCCCAGCUGGAGAAUCUAGCUCUCAGACUGCUGAGGAAUCUAAUGCCAUCCCAGCUGGAGAAUCUAGCUCUCAGACUGCUGAGGAAUCUAAUGCCAUCCCAGCUGGAGAAUCUAGCUCUCAGACUGCUGAGGAAUCUAAUGCCAUCCCAGCUGGAGAAUCUAGCUCUCAGACUGCUGAGGAAUCCAGCCAUCCCAGCUGGAGAAUCUAG